CCACUGAUUCUGCCAUUCCAUGCCAGAUUAACUAUAGUAAUAUAAAACAAUCACGUGGGCCUUAACUUUGUUUUUGUAGUAUACAUUUAUUGUAUUGCUGUUUGACGAAUAGUUUGUGAAGUAAGCUCCAGAUGUAAAAUAUCUGUAAUUAUCAUAACAGGAGCAACGAUGUGAAGCCUUCAAAAGCUUGAAAUGCAUUAUUGCUUUCGGAAAAGGUGGGGUUUAAUCUGUUUCUUGAAAGAGUCCAAGGAUGGUGCCAGUUUGAUUUCUAGCGCAAGAUAUCCAUUCCCGAGAUAUUGCUACCAGUGUUGUGAAACAUGACCUGUUAGUGUCUACUGUGUGGGAUGCAGGAUUGUGGCUAUAUGUAUCAGGGUAAUAGAUGUAGUAUCUUAUCUAUAGGGAUCUGACACUGGAAUUCAAACAUGGAGGAGUAUACGAUGCUGAAGGGGAUUAUCAGGAGACAUGACUCCCUGAGAUGUUGCUCCCGUGAACUGAAACAUGGGUCUGAAAUAGCCACUUCAGGUUAUUUAUAGAUUUAUUGAAACAUAAUUGUAAUAAUGAUCGGCUAUUUUUACCAGCAUGAUUGUUAUGGAGACAUUUGCCUCUGUGGAAACCAUCCUUAUUUACCCAAGACCAGUUUUCUUGAUCGAUUUGAAGGGUUGUUGUUUCCUUUGCUGCAUGAAUUAGACUAGUUUCGCGUUCAAGGCGGCAGUAGGAGUAUUGAUUUUUUCUUCAAUCCUCUCUAGGCUCACUCCAUCUUGUUUCUUGGGAAAGGUCACAGCGCUAUUUUUAGCCUCUUCACCCAAUAAUAGACCAGAAUAUGGCAGCUGGAGGAUUCCAUUUAGAAAAUGGAAAAGGGGGGUCAGGAUGGGGUGUGGCAGCAUAUGGAAGAGUCCAUUCCAGCCUGGCAAUUGCAGCAAAUCUCAUUAGUGUUCUGUUGACUCUGGUUGUAUGUUGUAAACAGCAGAUCGGUUUAGAAUUUUCUCUAGCUGCCUCCAAAAGUGGGUCAGUGUUUUUGUGGCGCUCCCUUCCUUGUUGUGAAAUGGGCAGCUCCAGUUAAAAGACUGAUGGACCAGUAUUAGAUGGGUGCCAGCUCUGUAUGUUGUGUGUCAGAAACUACAUGUAAAUGGUGGAUGUAUCAAGCUGCUUUGAGGAGGGAGCACCUCUGGACACAAUUGGCUCCCAUGAAAUAGCCAUGGAAAUUAACAGCUUUACAAAUAUGGGCAGAAGAGAUCUGACUCAGACGUCCCCGCUGGCUUCGCCGGAGUUAGCGCGACGGCAGUUCCGUGGUCCUCCGGAGCUAUACCAGGACCAGCACCUCCAGAGAGAGAUUGCCAACAUCAAACAGCAGCAGCAGCUACAACACCAGUUUCUCCUGCAGCAGUAUGAGCAGCAGCGACAACAGCUGGAACAGGAACACGAGAAGCAGCUCCAUGAACACAUCAAGAUUACUCCAGGUCAUUGGUCAUUGCAGCUACAGAGGCAGCACCUCGAACAGGAACACCAGAAACAAGUCCACCAACUUAUCAAGGGUUACUUUGAGCAGCAGCAGCAAAAGAAGCUGGAGCAGCAGCAGCGCAUCGAGAAGGAACUCUUGGAGAAGGAGCGGCUGGAGCAGAUCAAGAACAAGAAGAAGACCGAAGAAAGUGCCGUUGCGUCCACUGAAGUCAAGCAGAAGCUUCAUGAAUUUGUCCUGACCAAGAAGCAGCGUGAAGCUGCCGUCCGAGAACUGACCACAGGCUCUCCACCACAGUUCAGACACCCAUGGGUACCAAACCAGGGGUCCCUGGAACAGAGUUCCCCCCCACAGAGUAACCUGUCCCCUCCAUACCCACCUGGAAUGCUGGGAAAAUAUGAUGAUGACUUCCCUUUACGAAAAACUGCAUCUGAGCCAAAUAUUCUUAAAGUGCGCUCGGCUUUGAAGCAGAAAUUGGAAACACGUCGCAUAAUUACCCACAGUCCUCUAGUUCGGAGACGGGACAAAGGACCAUUACAACUUAAGCGUAAAACUCCUCUAUCAAUUGAGACUGGAGUUUGUAGCAGUAAUCCAGAUUCGGGGCCCAAUUCGCCAGCAGGAAGCUCCCAUGGUGCAUUGCCCAAUGGGAGUCUGUCGUCACUCCACUCUAAAGAGGACAAUGGCACCUACCCGUUCCCAUUCCGACCUGGAUUGAGCUAUCCCGGAAAUGACCUGAGUCUCUACACGUCCCCAUCCAUGCCCAACAUCUCCCUGGGCAGACCCCCAACCUCAGGGCCAUCAUCAGUUAGUGGUUCUACAUCCAGUAGUGUGGCUUCGGAGGAGGAGUUACGAGCGAUGACGGCACGUCUUGGAAUGCCAAUUGCAAGUCACCUACUGCCAAAUGCUCUCCCCGGUUACUUCCCUUCACUGCCAGUGAUUGAUGGUGACUUCCCACCAGGAACCAGUCAGGCAUAUCUUGCAGCAGCGGCAGCAGCAGCAGCGUCUGGUGGCAAAAUCAGCUCCCCCCUCGUCAACCCAUAUUCCAUUCCACCGUCAGGAACAGAAGCCCCUACACACCCUGCUCACAGACUCUCUAGACAUCGGCCACUGGGCCGCACCCACUCAGCCCCCCUCCCACUCGGCCACCCCGUGUUUCAGCAGCAGCAGCAACUACUACAACAACAUCAGCACGAUCAGUUUAUAAAGGAAAACUCAAAACUAUACUUAAAACAGCAUAUACGACAGACGGUGUUACAGCGGACCGUCAGUAAGAGUCAUAUGGAGAAUGUGGAUGAAGAAACAGAGGUCAAAUUAGCACAGGAGAUGAAGGAGUCUCGUGAUGCUGAGAGUAUCGUCAGUGACAGCAAGAUGGAUGAAAGUUCCAGUGAACUGGAGAAACAGCAGCGGGAUCGUGAAGCAUUCCUGGGCCAGCAAAGGGAGAUAAUCAAGCCCCGCCACAAGGGCCCCUCGCAUCAUCGCCCGUUGUCUCGGACACAGUCCAGUCCCCUUGUCACCUUCUCUGUUCUCCCACAACAGCCUCAAGAAACUGGGCCAGUCUCAUACACAUUUACAACAGGUUUGGCGUACGACACGAUAAUGUUGAAACACCAGUGUACGUGUGGCAACAACAUGAACCACCUAGAACACGCUGGGAGAAUACAGAGCAUCUGGGCUAGACUCACUGACACCGGACUUGUCACACGAUGUGAGAGAGUGCGGUCCCGGAAGGCAAGUACGGAGGAGCUGCAGAGCUGCCAUACUCACCUCCACACGCUAGUUUACGGAACAAAUCCACUCAGUAGACAGAAAUUGUUAGAGUCAUCCCCCAUGCGCUUCUGUCUCUUGCCAUGUGGGGGCGUCGGUGUGGAUUCGGAUACCGUCUGGAAUGAUCUUAAUACAUCAAAUGCCGCCAAAACGGCAACAGGUUGUGUGAUAGAGUUGGCACUUCGGGUUGCUGCUGGUGAUCUCAAGAACGGCUACGCCAUCGUGCGUCCCCCUGGUCACCAUGCAGAGGCCCACCAAGCCAUGGGUUUCUGUUUUUUCAACUCAAUUGCAAUAGCUGCCAAACAGUUACAAGAAAAAGCAAAACUAGACAAGAUUCUCAUCAUUGACUGGGAUGUUCACCAUGGUAACGGCACCCAGCAAAUGUUCUACAUGGAUAACCAUGUGUUGUACAUAUCUAUUCAUCGCCAUGACAGCGGCAACUUCUUCCCCGGUACGGGGGCACCUGAAGAGUGCGGAAGUGAUGAGGGGCUUGGCUUCAAUGUCAACAUCGCAUUUGGAGGAGCUCUGAACCCACCCAUGGCUGAUGCUGAAUACCUGACUGCAUUCAGAACAAUUGUGAUGCCAAUUGCCCGUGAGUUCGGUCCCGAUAUGGUUCUCGUGUCUGCUGGUUUUGACGCGGCCAAGGGACAUACAGCUCCGCUGGGCGGGUAUGAGGUCACAGCUGAAGCUUUUGGUCACAUGACCAGGGAGCUGAUGUCGCUUGCGGGCGGGAAGGUCGUGCUGGCACUAGAGGGAGGCUAUGAUAUUCCGGUCAUCUCGGAGGCCUCAGAGAUGUGUGUCAAGGCUCUUCUUGGUGAUGAGCUGCCCACAAUCAAGGAUGAAGAACUCCAUCGGCCGAGCUGCAAACCUGCGUUGGAGACACUGGAAUCCACCAUCAGAAUACAGAUGGAGCACUGGCCCUGCAUCAAACGGUAUUUGGGAACAAUAAGCUACUCCCUGAUGGAGGCACAGAAGCGGGAGAUGGAGGAGGCAGACACAGUUACUGCCCUUGCAUCACUCUCCAUGGUCCCAAGUAAAAACAGUUCUGUGGAGCAGCAAGAAUCAGAGCCAAUGGAAGAAGGGACCUAGAAGUAGCAGCCUGUCCUAACAGGAUUGUAGUUGACAGGGAGCCACCCAGACAAGAUGGCAGCCAGUGGCAGACGCAGUGGCCAGAUGCCAUUUCUACUAGAACCCAACAUCGUAGAACCACAGAGCUUGGCCAUGGAAUAGCACCUGCUGUUGUCCUUACAACAACCUCCAUGUGCCGUCGUCACAAUGUCAAAGACUGCGCCCCCUCAUCCCUUCCCGCCUGUGUCCCCUACGUCAUCACAACAUGGUCGCUGUUGUCUAUACUUCGUGUUUUGUUUCACUGCCACUGUCCAUGUGUCUUGAGUCUGUGACAGGAAAAGAUUACCACAGACGCCUCUCGACUCUUUGCAUUUGUCAACAUCUCGCUCCUGCCUCCGCUGCCUGACGAGGCGACGAAACAAUUGAUGAGCCUACCCUGACAACUACUUGCCCCUCUUGUGCUGCCACCUACUGGCGUACGUGUCGUGUUCCAUGUCGUUUACGCACACAACCUUCUUCGUCAAGUAGAUUUACCAUCACUGGUCAAUCUUUGUUGUGAAAAAUUGAACCAAGUUAGAUGAAGACAAUCAUGUAGUUUUUGUAUUCUGUGACCGUGGUGACCAUCCAAUGGAGACCAUCAUCUAUGACGGUGAUGGAACUGCAGACAUUCACACCGGAACAUCAUCGGUUCAGCUGUUUCAUCUCAAAUGAGCGUUUCAGCAGCUGCAUCACAAGAUUUGACACAAUUAAUUUUCACAGGAGGAAGAGGCAAACAGCAAAUGGCAACUCCCAUUACCCUGAUUUGUAUGUCAUUGACUGAAGCCAUGGAAACAUGUCUACCACUAACUGACUCACCAUUCUGUCUCGAUUAUUUUCUAAGGCAGUCCUCAUCUCUGAAAGUGCUAUUUUGGAGGGUCGCAUCAUGAUGGAGGGUAAACUCGAAAGGCAGAUGUGACACGAUUCAAGAAUCGUCAUGAGAAAAGAUCAAGUACGCCAGACAUGGCUUGUACAUAUGAAGAAAGUUGUCGGUUGUUAACUUUGAAGCCGAUGCCUAAAUGUGGUUGUUUGGUUAUUGUUUUCAAGAGAGAUAUUUUUAGGUCUGAAAAUGGAGAAUUGAAGAUUCUCCGAUUGACAGACCGAAGUAAUAACUGUGGAUGACAAGUAUGAAUAUAUGUCUAUAUAUAAAUAUAUAUAUUUGUGUAUAUGUAUACUAAAGCUCUAGUCAGUGGGAAUCAGCCUUCGUACCUGUGUAACAGUAGGUUAUUUCGACGUGUUAUUUGCUGUUUUCUUGACAUGGUGUAUCAACUCUAGAUAAUCUUAUUUUCACAAAGUAUUUUUUUCUACUUUUACAAAGACUAUUUUUGCAUUCAAUUUUAUACCUAUCGCCCCAGGAGGGUGGAUGGCUGUUGAUCAUAUACCACGCCCCAUUUCAAAAUUUGGGACGUUUUACUUGGAAUUUUAGUUACUGGUUUUGCUUGCUGUGAAAAUAAGCUUAUCUAUAGUGACCUUGUUCCUAACAGUUCCUAUUUGCAGUAAAUGAUGUCAGUUUUUCAGUAGUUUUUUACUUUCUCCGACUUUUUUUGUGACACAUUGAAAAAUAACUCAUGUUCAAUCUUCGUGGAAUUUCAAUCUUGACAUUUUUUCCAAAGUAUACUAUUGCACUAUUACAAAUUUCCAAUUUUCUGACUACAUUUUGGAAAAUUUCCUUUUUCUCUCCCCAGGCUCUUCUGGUUUGGAUAUUUUGAAGUUUAAAUGUAUUCGUUUUGAUUGAUAAUUCACACUGUGUACAUGUAAUGGUCAUUGUAGAAACAUGUCCACUGUUGUCCACGCUAGAGUGCACUUUAGACAAACUAUUCCAACAAAAGUAGAUUUCUGUUAUGUAUACAUAGUAAUAUAUAUUUGUUAUAACAAACUACACACCCCAGUUUUCCAAAUGGUAUGGUUCCCCCUUAAAAGUGGGAACGUACCACUUUGUUUUUUUAGGGGUGACAGAUAACACAGGAUUCAAUCCAUAGAUCUUGUGCCACAAUUUCAACUGUUAGUAACAUGUGAUCUGUUGCCAUGGUUACCAUGGAAACUAGAUGACCGUCAUGGUUCAGGUACUUAAUGAACAUUAUUUGUAAGUAGACUGUUGGACAUUUUUCGCAUCAUAUCGUGUCUGUUUUGAAGUCAACAGAGAUAUAGUCUUGAGAGUUGGUUACUCGUCCAGUUGAUAAAAACAAGAGCAGUCACAUCAGAAGUAUGGACUUGAAACAAGGGUAGACAACUCCUGAUCAGUGUUGACAGAGUUAACUGCCCUUGGACUUUGUGUGAGCUGUAUUUGGUGAGUGAUGUUAGUUAUUUAACGAUAUCAAAAUGUCAAAGAGCCAUUGGCUUGUGAGGCUUGUUGGACAAGAUUACUUUGUGGAUGAGAGCUUGCCUUUCAGUAAUGAAUGUGACUGCUCCUUUUAGACAAAAUAUUGACCGGACCACUACUAAAUAUAAGUAUUUCCCAAUCACAACUAUUUUUAUUGUCUCAAGUGUUUGGACAAAGAUUUACAUUUACAAAAUAAUCAUUAGCAGUAGAGAUUUUGAGACCGUGUAUUUUCUUGAGUCUUUUUGAACCAGCAUGCAACCCUUUCUCGGCUACUUAAGAUCAAUAAUAAACACCUGUUAAAGUUCUCAUGCAGUGCUGUCAUUUAGAGUCAGAUGUUUUUUUAAAUAGAAUAUUUCUGUUUUCACGAAGUAAGAUGUCUUUUGGUUUCUUUUUUGGUCCAACAUAAGAUUUGUGAUAAUCGUGUACAGUGUGUGACAAAGAAAAUAUUUUCUUCAUUUUGAACUUGGUCGGUGUUAAACACUAAGACAUAACUGCAGAGUGUUGGGAGUGUUGGGGGACCGGUAAGUUUUGGAAGAGGGCGGGACUUAAAUCUGAUCUUAGAUUCAGGGUCAUCCUCCAGGAAGCAACUUAGAUGACCUUGUCUAGAGGUCGGAGGUCGGAGGUCGGAGGGCACACUAUGGGCAGAGCCUUGGUGGCGUCCCAACAAUGAAGAAGCAAAUUAUGGCCACAGUUGGAUUUCUUGUGACGCCAGCUCUCUGCAGUUAUGUGGCCUUACGGAGUAGUCACUUGAAUUGUGAUGUAUAAAAUAUGUAUAUUUUGCUCGCUCGGUGAUGUAAAUUAUGUUGAUAUAUUCUCAACCUGAAGUUACAGCGUGUUGCCCACUCAUACUAGGUGAGUGGGUUGGUUUGUUGGCGUCAGAGUCAACACUUGACUGUGUUCAAGUCCCUUGAACUGGUGUACGACAUGUUGACUUUGUGCAUGCUGCAAAUUGUCUUUCCUGUAAGUUAUUUAUCAAAUAGCAGAAAAGUGCUUUCAUUUUCAAAACAGUUAGUUGUGUACAGAUAUCCUAUUUUAAUGACAAAUCUUUUUAAAUGGAUGUUAAAGAGAAAUGAACUAUUUUUUCCCAAGUAUUACAUGUAAUAGAUUCUCCAUUAUUAAAGUUCUCUAGUUGCCAGUACUCUGUUGCCAAGACCUGUUUACAGGGCAAGGUCAUUAGUCGGGGGUCAAGGUCAUUAGUCAGGGUCAAGGUCACUCGAUCCUGUGCGUAGCCUUGUGCCCUUCAGGAUCCAAGUUUCAAGAUGAUCAGGACAUACUGUUCGACUGUGAGACCCAAUCCAGGAAAUGAAACUGAUUCUUGAGCAAAAUAGAUAUAUGCUACUCAGCAUUUGGUAAGGGCCACACCUUUGACUAAAGAUGACUGUUUUGGUCCUUAGCAAACGUUGAGUAGUGUAUAUCAUUGUGAUGAAGCCUGCAUUCAGCAUGGUUUGUUCAUUACAUGUCAUCAUUUUAAGAUGAAUUUCAUCUACAGUACAUGACAAUUUGUUUGAUUAUAUUUUGUCUUGCUCCUUGAUUUGAAUUUGUGAUGAAGAGACGAUUUGUCUGUUUAUUUAGACAAGUUUCCAUGUUAAGACGACCUUGCAUCCUGCGACAAACUGUUGCCAGCAGCCAGACAGCGGACAUUGUGUUACUCUGUUAGUUGGAGGUACCCUCCAACAGUAAUAUUGUUGAGAAAUGAUUGUUAUUUGUUAAGAAAACGUUACUGCCCAUUUCACAGUGCAACUUUGACACAAUUGGUUCUCGUGAGUCGACCUUGCUCUCAAAUUUCUCUGGGGUGGUGAGGUAGCCUAGUGGUUAAACUGUUCGCUCUUCAUGACGAAGACCCGGGUUCGAUUCCCCAUAUGGGUACAAUGUGUGAAUCCGAUUUCUGAUGUCCCGCGCCGUGAUAUUUCUGAAAUAUUGCUAAGAGUGGCAUAAAACCAUACUCAUGCAUUCACUCAUUUUCUAAUCUGAAGUUUCAGGAUACCUGAAUGCCAAACAAUAGGAUCAAUGAUUAUGGAUGUUCAUUGAUCAGUGGAGCGUGUUCCAUGGAGGGCUUUGUGCCUUAGGGGCCACGAUUCGCUGUGCAGAGUUGCAUCCCUUGGGCACGCCAGAAACCUAGAUUGUGGGUUUGAAUCCCGGUUCGCCCCCGAUUAUGCUUCUAGGUUUGUCAGCACCACACCUGUGCUCGUUGGUUUCACUGAAGUGACAUUAAGCUGACACGCUGUGAUAUAACUGGAAUACUGUUAACAGCGGCGUUAAACCCAACUCACUCACUCACUUUGUGCCAUUAGCAUAGUAAGUCUGUGGGGUGGCCUUUGUAGAACUUCACCUACCUGAUGAAAAUUUAACAACCAAUUUAGCAACAAGCAUUUCUUGUCCAAUUGCUCUGUACUGAAUUUCAAUAUUUGAUGGAAGUUGGGAGUACAGGACUUAUCUGAGAUCUGUGUGUAAUGUUACAGUGUGAAAUGGCAGACAUCACUUGUUAGUCUGACGGUCAGCAUUAUGUCAAGGACGGCGGCCGUGGCGGCGUGUGCUGCAAGCAGGUUUGCUCAUGUACCUACCCCGUGAUUCUUAACUGCUUCUUCCGACCGAGUUGCUCUAGUGCCAGUGUUUUCCACUUAUUAUUAUAUAUAUAUAUUGACACAGUGCAAGUGGUAGCGCAGGUGGGAGAUAACACUCACAACAGGCGGCGGUUCGUCAAACUAAAUUAUCUACAUGUACCGUUAAAGAGUUUUGCCUUUGGCUAAUGCUCAUUUGGUAUUGGUGUUAAAUGUCAUGUACCGAUAUCAACCAUGCUCAUCCUGCCACUGAGUGGCUUUAUGUUGCCAUGGUUACAUAACGGUAAUUUCUGGCACCAAGACCAAGUGGUAAAUAGCCAUGUGUAUGGAAUAGUAACCACUUUCUCCAGUUCUGGGAAUUUUUUUAUUUGAGACCAAUUAAAUGCAGUGGCAUACCAAUAAUUUGAGUAAAUUUGAAAUUUUGGUACAUGUUCAGCUAAUGGAGAAUGUUUCUCCAUGUUAGUUUCAAGUGAUUUCAAUGCCAGACAUGAAGUGUUUGCUGCCGACCUGCUCUGUGCGUUGUCUCCGGCGCUGGUCUGCGGUGUCGCUGCCACAGUAGUGGUGUAUUUUGUUACAAGCCAGGCCCUAGGGAGACCACUAUACUGAAUAUCUCUAUCUACUGUUCAUGUUUCCUGUUUUCUCUAGACUCCAGUCAUAGUAGUUGGAUGCUUACACAUUGGUCAGAACGAUAUCAUUGUAAAAAUGCUGGUCAUUCAUUGUGAAGUAAAUUUUGUUGUCAAAAUUGAA